GGAGGCGGGAUAAAAUGAAUUUAUAAAAAUAAUGAGCAGUUUAUCGAGUAUUUUGAAUGAUUUUGACGAAGCAGUACGAAGCAGUAGAAGCAGUAGUAAAGUCCAUUUUAUGGGGUAACUUAAGCGUAUUUCGUUGCUUCGUUGAAUUAGCAGUCCGUAUCUCUCUAAAAAAUUUUUUUUCUGAAAAAUUCGAUUCGGCUAUCUUGUAGCAAAUUUUAAGGGCUUUCGAAUGAGACUAAAAUCAAAUUUUUAUUUUACCUGUAAGGGGUCAAAAUAUUUUUUAAAAAGACCUACCUGCGUUUUACGUUGAUUUUAGACGUUUUUGAAGCGGAUCUUGACACGGAGUAGAGAUAUGGGCCUAAUUUUUUUAUUUGUUUAUAAUAUUAUUAUAUAUAUUUGUUUGAAUUUUUAUGGAUUUUUCCGAAUGUUGGAACUUUGAAAAAUAAAAGUCUGAUAUUUUU